AUGGACAUUGGAAAAAGUCCAGGUGGUUUACCUGUUCUACCACCAGCUUCUACGAAAGCUAAACUUGUUGGGAUCUCAAUGGCACUUUUCGCAGCCUUCGGAGGUUAUCUCUACGGAUAUGAUACGGGUUAUAUCUCAGGCACCAAAGAAAUGCCAUACUGGCUUGAAACGUUCGGAGAAAAGAAUGCAAAAGGAGAAUAUAUACUUAGUACCGCGAACGAUUCCCUAGUCACCUCUAUCCUCUCGGCAGGUACUUUUGUGGGAGCAUUACUUGCCUAUCCCUUUGGUGAUAUACUUGGUAGACGUUGGGGCGUAAUCGCUUCAUGCGCUAUAUUCUGUAUAGGUGUUGCGCUCCAAACUGCUUCUACUACCAUUCCGAUUUUUGCGGUUGGUAGAGUUUUCGCUGGAUUGGGAGUUGGUUUAACUUCUUGCUUAGUGCCCAUGUAUCAAUCUGAAUGUGCCCCUAAAUGGAUUCGGGGGGCGGUGGUAGCUGCUUACCAAUGGGCCAUCACCAUAGGAUUAUUAAUCGCGGCUAUAGUGGUCAACGUAACUAAAGAUCGACCAAAUGCAAGCUGUUAUCAAAUUCCAAUUGCUCUUCAAUUCAUCUGGGCAUUUAUCCUUGCCCUUGGACUCUAUUGUCUACCAGAGUCUCCAAAGUUCUUGAUUCUGAAAGGCAGAGAAGUAGAAGCCAAGGCUUCCUUGAGUCGAUUACUCUCCUUACCAGCCGACUCUCAACAAGUUAUAAGAGAAUAUGACGAAGUAGUAGAUUCAUUAGAAAUCGAACGUACACGAGGAUCUGGCUCUUAUGCCGAUUGUUUCAGAUCUGGUAAGGGUAGAUAUCGUCUUAGAACGCUAUCUGGGAUGGCAGUUCAAGCUCUUCAACAGCUUACUGGUAUCAACUUCAUUAUUUAUUACGGAACCUCAUUCUUCAAGAACAGCAACAUCAAGAACCCGUUCACAAUUACGGUCAUUAUCAACGUCGUCAAUGUAGUUAUGACUGUUCCCGGGAUUUGGGCUGUUGAUAGGGUUGGCAGGAGGUCUUGCCUCUUAUUCGGAGCCGCUUUGAUGGCUAUUUGCCAGUUCAUUGUACCCAUCCUUGGGAUCACCUUACCUACAAGUAAUCUUGAUGCCCAACGUGCUUUGAUUGCUCUUGUGUGUAUAUAUAUCGGAGGCUUCGCAUCUACUUGGGGCCCAAUCGCAUGGGUUGUCACAUCUGAGAUCUAUCCUUUGGCUAUCAGGGCCAAAGCCAUGUCUCUCUCCACAGCGUCUAAUUGGGCAUUGAACUUUGCGAUUGGUUAUAUGACACCCUAUCUUGUAGACGUCGGACCCGGCAAGGCAGGACUAAAGUCAAAUGUCUUUUGGAUAUGGGGAGCUUUCUGUGGCAUCUGUUUUGUCUUCACCUUUUUCUUCAUUCCGGAAACGAAAGGAUUGUCACUUGAACAAGUUGAUGAUCUUUACCAAAACUCUUCGAUCCUCGGAUCCAAUCGCUACCGUCAACAACUCCUAUCGGGAGAAGGACAGAGAUCAGAAGGAACUGACGCCGAUGAAGUUAGGAAUGAUAAUUUCAAAGAUGUUGAUCCGGUCAAUCAAGUCAUAUGA